GUGGGAGGACGGCUCAUGAUUUAAACACCACUGUGCUCCUUCGUAAUGCUCAGAAAGUGAACAGGGGAGAACAUGGAUACACAGAGACCAACAACAAAACUUGUUUCUGCCGUCUGAUGUCAAACAGAUGUGGGUUUGCUAGGGGGAGUGACCUUCAAUGAACCACCACAGCACCUGAAUGUCAUGCGGUUGUAAAGAAGUUUGACUCGUGAUAGAGCAAAGGAAUAUCCCAGAGGAACCACGGGGAAGAGAUUUGGAUGACUGGACCUCCUACUAUUGUGUCCAAGUGUCCUAUGAGAGGACAACAACAUAUUUAUGACAAACGCCCAGCUUUGGCUGACCUUUAACUUUUAGCCAUCACCGCAUCACUUUGCUGGAUCCACCGCACAGUGAGAGAGCGAGAAGAAGAAGCAGCCGCUGAAAACCUUCAAGUUUUGGAUAACCCUCCUCUUUGCUCCUUCUUCUUCUGGUACACCCCCUUGCCCUCCUAACUCCCAUCUUUCAGCUCACCCCCCAACAGAGCAGAAAGCGUGAAAAAUCUCACUAAUGGGUUUAUUUGCUGUCAGAUCUGAGCCCAUGUGUCAUUCCCUCAGAGCAUUCUGCUUGAAACAUUUAAUAGUUGAGUAAGCCGGCACCAAGUGGCCGAGGUGGGGUGAGGGGGGCAAGAAACUCAACUGCAGUAGUCAGUGUAACUGUCUCUUGGAUUUGCUGCAUUCUUUUUGGCUUCUUUUCAUCCUUCACGACACCGGGGCUGGUGAAUAGGUGCUUCCUCAAGAGUAUUUAGUCUCCAUCAGGACUCAUUUUGUGGAGAUGUGGUGUGGGACAGCUCCCCUGGUUGUGGUGCUUGCAGUGUGUUGGACUUACUGCAUCUUGGAUGGAGUGGAAGCUAAAAAGGAGAGGAAGAAGCCAAAGGAGACACCACUUCAACACACAGAGACUUACAAUGUGACUCUGUCAAACAGUGAAGAGGAGUCUGGAAUUCCAAAGAUUUCUGACAACCAGAGAGUGGAUCCAUUGGGAUCAUGGAUGGACUUUGUCAAACGCCCAGUUGGCAACUUCCCAGCGAAAUGUCGCAAACGGAAAAGACCUUUGCCAGGCCCACCUGGUCCUCCAGGUCCCCCCGGCCCACAGGGACCACCUGGCUCACCUGGAGCUGAAGUGACCCAGGAAGUUCUUCUCCAAGAGUUCAAAGACAUGAUAAAAGAGGCUACAGAGAGACGGGCUGUGGCUGUGGAUCGACAACCCACUUCGAGCCAGCUUCCCAUGGCUCUCCUCACGUUGCAGGAGGGCAUGACCUCCUACCGGCGGAUAGAGGAGGCUUUCCACUGCAAACUAAAGGGACCUGUGGUGGUUGACAAGAAGACUCUGGUGGAGCUCCAGAAUUUUCAAACACCGCCAGCCAAGGGAGCCUUCCUGAGAGGGUCAGGCAUGGACCAGUCAACUGGCAGAUUCACUGCACCCAUCACAGGGAUCUACCAGUUCUCUGCUAAUGUCCACAUUGAUCACAGUGAAGUGAAGAGAAACAAGAGCCAGCUGAAGGCAAGGGACAAUAUCCGCGUCUUGAUCUGCAUUGAGUCACUUUGCCACAGAUACACCUCAUUGGAGAUGAUUGUUGGCUUGGAAAGUAACAGUCGGAUAUUCAGUGUGAGUGUUCAGGGACUCCUGGAGCUUCAGGCUGGCCAAUACACCUCCAUCUUUGUGGAUAACGCCGCCGGCGCCUCCAUUACGAUACAGAAUGGCUCCGACUUCAUGGGCGUGCUCCUUGGCGUGUAACACCACAUAGCAGCGGUCUCCUAUCGCUAGCGAGCGUGGUGACAUUCUGAGCAAGGCCGGGCUGAUUUUUGACCUGGCGGCAUUUGCUCAGGUGAGGGUUGAAGGGGUGGAGCUUUUGUUUUCUAUUUCACCGCCCACUCUUUGGUACAGACUCUGGUUCAGCAGUAGAAUGACCUGAACAUGCAACAUGUUAUUGUCAUACAACAAAUUGACAUAGAACAAACAUCAAGCAGUGCUGUUUGCAACGACUCAUACUGUGUCUUUAGAUAAUUUUCUCCAGAAAAAUCAGACAAACAAGCAUAUAUAUUUUUUUAAUGUUAAUUGUGAAUGAUGCUGACAACACAGCUGUGUUUCUUUAGCUAGUGGUUGUCAUGGUAACACUGUUCUAUGUCCCAAUGAUGAAUAUUUGAUCCGGCCCAAUUGUAUUAUUGGAUGAUGUGUAAUGACGACUGUUUUAUAUUCCUGACAUACAUUUGUAAUUUAUCAUACCUUCAAAAAUGGUUAGAAUUGUACUUAAUGAUAUUUAUGUUUGAGAGAAUGUAUCUAUCUUACGCUAUUUGACUUUUAGAUUGCUGCAGCAAUAAAAUUAUAUCUUUUUACACGAUUGUGAAAUGUGUGACUGUGUUGGACUGUUUAACCCUUUUUUUCCAGGCACUCAUUUAUAUACUAUAAAUUAAAAAAACAUUAACUUUGUUACUGGGGGCC